AUGUCUGUGCAAAGCUAUGAAAAAUGGCUCGAUUUUCUUUAUAGUUUGAAAAGAACUAGAUGUCGAAAUCCUAUGGAAAAUAUUACAAAAGUCUGUAAAAAGCUGCAGAAUCCUCAUCUCCCAUUUAAAACUAUACACAUAACAGGGACAAACGGAAAAGGCACUGUGGCUACUCAAUGUGCAUCAAUUUUGCAUCAUUCUGGGUAUAAAACUGGUCUUAUGAUGUCUCCUCAUUUAUUUGAUUUUUGUGAGAGAUUUCAAAUAAAUGCUGAAAAAGCACCAAAAGAGUACAUAGUUGAAAACACGCCAAUAAUAAAAGCAAUUAUAGAAGAUGAGAAACUUAUGAUGAAUUAUUCGCUUAUAGUGGCAUGCUUAGGAUUCAAAUAUUUUCACGACAACAAUGUUGACUUUGCAGUUAUAGAAGUUGGGAGUGGAGGGACUAGUGAUUUUACCAAUAUUGUCAAUCCUGAAGUAUCUGUUAUUACUUCAGUUGGACUGGAUCAUUGCGAAUAUUUUGGAAACACAAUUGAAGAUAUUGCAAUUGAAAAAUCAGGGGUGAUAAAACCAGGAAAGCCUUGCGUUAUUGGGCCGAAUACUCCUAUAGAUCUAUUACGUAAGAUUGCUGAGGAGAAAGCAUCUGAGCUAAUUGUUGUGGAUAAAAGAGAUAGCUAUGAGACUGCAAUUGAGGAAAAUAGCAGAAUCACAAAGACAGUAAUUGAAGCCCUUAAAAAUAAAGGAGUUUCAAUCCCUGACCAAGCUAUUGAGAAUGGGAUAAAAUCCAGGCCUCCUUUUAGAAUGGAGGAAAAAGUGAUUUUAGGACGAAAAGUUGUUUUUGAUGUUGCGCACAAUCCAAUGGCUUUUGAAAGGCUUUUCAAUGAUUUACAGAGAAUAUGCAGAAAUAAAAAUAUUAGAGUUAUCUUAGCUUAUGGAAUAUCAAGAGAUCCUACAAAGAUAUUAGAUGUGAUAUGCAAAUAUGCUUAUAAAAUUCAUUUAGUCUCCAAUGAUGAUCCUCUUCUAUUUGACUCAGAAAUUUUGAAAAAUAAUGCUUUAGGUUUGAAUAGAGAUAAGAUAAGUAUUUCAGGGCACAUCGAUGCUGUUAUGGGUGAAGCCAUAAGAGAUAUGACAGAUGAUGAAAUUCUCUUAGUGUGUGGAAGUUUUUAUAUCAUGGACUCAGCAAGAAAAGCAUUGCUGUCUAUUUAA